UUCUGGCGUUUUUCGUGCAGCGACGACGACACUUUCUGCAACACACUGAUAUACAUAAUACAGAACGGCGCAGAGAGGCAUAUAACUAUAUAGAGAUACGAGUCGAUCGUUGUACUACGCACCAAAGCUGCUCCGAACUGAGUGCAGCGUAUCAGACCGUAUUAUAUACAUACGUGCUGAGUCGCGAGUCGAGAAAAAGAGAGCGAGAAACGAGUAGUUAUAGGCCCUCCUCAUUGCGCAAAGUCUGCCAGAGAGAGCGCGCCGCAUCGGCGAGUAGUGCGUUUUCUUGCGAUAUACGUAACCGACCAUUAUCUAUUUCUCUUAUCGCUCGUUCAAAAACGGAUUUCUUCUACCUCCCCGAGUCUCCGAUUAGCCGACUACACAGCCGACUAUUAGCGGCGGAUCAUCAUAACAUCGCGCACAUAUACAGCCAAUAGCUUACAAUUCAAUGCGUAUUCAUAUGUGUGCGUGUGCGUGUACGACACCUACAUACGUUGCAAAGUAGUAGUCGGUGUGCGCUUACAUAUAUCUGCGAGCGAACUAUAAGCCAGAGCGCUAAGCAGGCGCAGCAUAUUUCGGUGAAGUAGCGUCGUGUGGUGGUAGUGGUGUGCAACUCCGACUCGUGCUCAAGAGAGAGAAAGAGAGAGAGAGAGAGAGAGACGGCAUCGCGCGCGCGGUAUAUAGUGCUUGUUUUGAGUUGCCAGCAGCAGCAGCAGCAGUAGCGGCGCCAGUAGGUAGCAGAUAGCGCGUCUUGAUCGAUCAUCAGUUUCUGUGCUGUGUGUGAUAUUUUAUCAACGACGAGAGAAACCUCUUUUUGCGCAGAGCUAUAUAAUAUACAUUAGGAUGUCGGCCGAGACCAAGAGUGAAAACAACAGCAGCGCGGCCCCGGUCGCGCUCGACGAUGGCGUCGAUAAGAAGGAGGAAGUUCAGGAUGAAAAGCCAGUGACCAAAGGCAGACGAGGCACCAAAAGGUUAUCAACCUUAGAAAAGACAGCCCAAGAAGCCAAUAUGAUCAUAAAGGACUUGAAUUCAUCUGGCCCCGAAGUAGAAGGAAGAAGGCGCACACGCAGUUCAGCUCGCGGUAUUGUCACACCGGUUGUUCCAUCGCCUCCUAAAAAAGAGAAAAAAGAGCCUAAACCCAGCACUGGUCGUGGUCGUGGCAGGCCGAAGAAAACCAAUGAGAAUGAUGAAGAAAAUGACAAAUCUUCAAACAAUAAAGCCAACAAUGAUAAGAAAGAAGAUUCCAAAAUGGAGGUAGACGAAGAAGCUAAUGACAAAGAAGAUGCCAAAGCUAAUAACGAAAAUAAAAAAGACAGCAAAGAUGAUUCGACGAAAGAAGAUAAAAAAGAUGAAACGUCUAAUAACGUAAAGGCCGAUAAAAAUGAAAAAUCAGAAAAUAAUACCAACGAUUCUAAGACCAAUGCUGUCCAUGAAUUUGAGUCGGGAGCCAAAAAAGAUGAAACAACUAAAACUAACUCCGAUAGCACGACAGAAUCGAGUAAAGACAAGCUCGAUGGAGCAACUAUAGGCAAACCAGCUACUGAAAAUUCUGCCAGUGACAGUGCGCCAGCUGUCUCUGAGAAGAAAGAAUAAUUAUGAUUAUGAACCACGUAUCAAGUACAUCUCUUUCCAUGUAAGGAUUAGAACUUAAUGGUUCUUUGAUGACUGUUUUUUUGAUAGUAGACGCAGAAUAAAUUGUCUACAGAAAAAUUGAAUUUUUCUUACAGCAAGUACCAGAUGUUAGGCUUAAAAAUUCAGCCCUUCUGUUUAUUUUAAGUGAUUGACAGUGACUUGUUAUUUGUCUGACUAAUCAGCGCAUCACAGUCAAAUUCCGCUUGCAAUGGAAUAGAGAAAAAUAUUUUCGACGUUUCUCAUUAGUGAAGAACGUUAACUUAGCAAGAGUAAUGAUUUAUUUUUAGAGAUUUGAUAAGGAUAAAGUUGAGUUCUGAAGUAAUUUUAUUGUUUAAAAUAAGUUUUUUAAAUAUAUGCAUCACAACUAAA